UGGUUAUGUAGUUCUUUACAACAAUGGUGUUACUAAUGCUAGCUGAGGUGAAUAGUCUGCCGCAUUGUUACCGGUGGAUUUAGUGUCCGUUAGCUGGAUGGAUUAAGUUUCUGAGUUAGUUAAAACUUAUUAUGUUAGUGUUGUGUGUUGGGGUAAGUUAACUAUCUGUGUGGUUUCCGGUCCCAAGCACUCCCUAAACUUGUAGAGGUUGCUGAGGGGAGGACGGCUCAUAAUAAUGGCUGGAAUGGAGUCAAUGGAAUGAGCCUAGCCCAGCUAGAGAUCCUGUGUAAGCAGCUGUACGAGACAACAGAGACUGGGGUGAGGUUGCAGGCAGAGAAAGCUCUGGUGGAGUUCACUAACAGCCCCGACUGUCUCAGCAAGUGUCAGCUACUACUGGAGAGAGGCAGCUCUUCCUACUCUCAACUUCUUGCAGCUACCUGUCUGUCUAAACUGGUUUCGCGCACCAGCAACCCUCUUCCCUUGGAGCAGCGCAUCGAUAUCCGGAACUAUGUACUGAACUAUCUGGCGACGCGGCCGAAGUUGGCAGAGUUUGUUACCCAGGCUCUGAUCCAGCUGUACUCCAGGAUUACCAAGCUUGGCUGGUUCGACUGUCAGAAAGACGACUAUGUCUUCAGAAACGUCAUCGCAGACGUCACACGCUUCCUACAGCAGGACAGUGUAGAACAUUGCAUCAUAGGAGUCACCAUCCUAUCCCAACUGACCAAUGAGAUCAACCAGGCAGAUACCAGCCAUCCUCUGACCAAACACAGGAAGAUUGCGUCAUCGUUCAGAGACUCGUCCCUCUUUGACAUAUUCACCCUGUCUUGCAAUCUCCUCAAACAGGCGUCGGGUAAGAACCUCAACCUGAAUGAUGAGAGUCAGCAUGGUCUACUGAUGCAGCUACUGAAGCUCAGUCACAACUGUCUGAACUAUGACUUCAUCGGAACGUCUACAGACGAGUCCUCUGAUGACCUCUGCACUGUUCAGAUCCCCACUUCCUGGAGAUCAGCAUUUUUGGAUUCCUCCACUCUCCAGCUCUUUUUUGAUUUGUAUCAUUCCAUCCCUCCCUCCCUCUCCCCGUUGGUGUUGUCGUGUCUAGUCCAGAUAGCAUCAGUGAGGAGGUCUCUGUUCAACAACGCAGAGCGAGCCAAGUUCCUCUCUCACCUGGUGGAUGGAGUCAAGAGGAUACUAGAGAACCCACAGAGCCUCUCAGACCCUAACAACUACCAUGAGUUUUGUCGUCUGUUGGCGCGACUGAAAAGUAACUACCAGCUGGGAGAGCUGGUCAAAGUAGAAAACUACCCAGAAGUCAUCAGGCUUAUAGCCAACUUCACUGUCACCAGUCUACAGCACUGGGAGUUUGCCCCUAACUCUGUCCACUACCUGUUGAGCCUGUGGCAGCGCCUGGCAGCGUCUGUCCCUUACGUUAAAGCCACCGAGCCUCACCUGCUAGAGACAUACACACCUGAAGUCACCAAGGCCUACAUCACCUCACGCCUUGAGUCUGUCUGCAUCAUACUCAGGGAUGGGUUAGAGGACCCUCUAGAUGAUGCAGGGUUAGUCCAGCAGCAGUUAGACCAGCUCUCCACCAUUGGUCGCUGUGAAUACGAGAAGACCUGUGCCCUAUUGGUCCAGCUCUUCGACCAAUCAGCACAGACCUACCAGGAACUACUGCAGUCUACCAACUCUAGUGCCAUCGACAUCACUGUCCAGGAGGGGAGGUUAACAUGGUUGGUGUAUAUAAUCGGGGCGGUCAUUGGAGGAAGAGUGUCCUUCGCCUCUACAGAUGAACAAGACGCCAUGGAUGGAGAACUAGUCUGUCGAGUGCUCCAGUUGAUGAACCUAACAGACUCGCGGCUGGCCCAGGCGGGUAAUGAGCGGUUGGAGUUGGCCAUGCUCAGCUUCUUUGAACAGUUCAGGAAAAUCUACAUCGGAGACCAGGUGCAAAAGUCCUCCAAGCUGUACCGGCGGCUGUCAGAGGUUCUGGGGCUGAAUGAUGAGACCAUGGUACUCAGCGUCUUCAUUGGAAAAAUCAUCACCAAUCUGAAGUACUGGGGCCAGUGUGAACCAAUCACUUCCAAGACACUUCAGUUACUCAAUGACCUCUCCAUAGGGUACAGCAGUGUGAGGAAGUUGGUGAAACUCAGCGCUGUUCAGUUCAUGCUGAACAACCACACAAGCGAGCACUUCUCCUUCCUGGGCGUGAACAACCAAUCAAACCUCAGCGACAUGAGGUGUCGCACCACGUUCUACACCGCACUGGGACGCCUGCUGAUGGUCGACCUAGGUGAGGAUGAGGACCAGUUUGAACAAUUCAUGCUUCCCCUAACGGCGGCGUUUGAAGCAGUGGCUCAGAUGUUCAGCACCAACACAUUCAACGAGCAGGAGGCGAAGAGGACGUUGGUAGGACUGGUCAGAGACCUGAGAGGUAUUGCCUUUGCCUUCAACGCCAAGACCAGCUUUAUGAUGCUCUUCGACUGGAUCUACCCAGCCUACAUGCCCAUCCUGCAGAGAGCUAUAGAGCUCUGGUACCACGUACCAGCAUGCACCACUCCUGUCCUAAAGCUCAUGGCCGAGCUAGUCCACAACAGCCAGACAGCUGCUCUGCAAGGGGAGAGGAGAGAGCCAAUAAGCUGGGUGUCAUCUUUCAGUCAACGGUCACAGAGGUUACAAUUUGACGUGUCAUCACCCAACGGAAUCCUGCUGUUCAGAGAAACCAGCAAGAUGAUCACCACCUAUGGUAACCGUAUCCUGACCAUUGGGGAGGUGCCUAAGGACCAGAUGUACAGUGUGAAGCUGAAGGGUGUCAGUGUGUGUUUCUCCAUGCUCAAGGCUGUGCUCUCUGGGAACUAUGUCAACUUCGGGGUGUUCCGUCUCUAUGGAGAUGACGCACUGGACAACGCGCUACAGACCUUCAUCAAACUGCUGCUGUCCAUACCACACAGCGACCUGCUGGACUAUCCCAAGUUGAGCCAGUCGUUCUACAGUCUGUUGGAGGUGUUGACUCAGGAUCACAUGAACUUCAUUGCUUCUCUAGAGCCGCAUGUCGUCAUGUACAUACUGUCAUCUAUCUCCGAGGGACUCACUGCACUGGAUACUAUGGUGUGUACUGGGUGUUGUUCCAGUCUGGACCAUAUCGCCACCUACCUGUUCAAACAGCUGUCUCGCUCCACUAAGAAACGGCCUGUUGCCAUGGCAACAGAUGAACGCUUCCUACACAUCAUGCAGCAACACCCAGAGAUGAUCCAACAGAUGCUGUCCACAGUGUUGAACAUCAUCAUCUUUGAGGACUGCAGGAACCAGUGGUCCAUGUCCAGACCUCUACUGGGCCUCAUCCUGCUCAACGAGAAGGUACAGUAUUUUGCAGACCUGAGGAACAGCAUUGUGAACAGCCAGCCUCCAGAAAAGCAGCAGGCCAUGCAUCUCUGCUUUGAGAACCUGAUGGAGGGGAUAGAACGCAACCUGCUAACCAAGAACAGAGACAGGUUCACCCAGAACCUCUCGGUGUUCCGGAGGGAGGUGAACGACAGCAUGAAAAACUCUUCAUACGGAGUCAACACCAAUGACAUGAUGAGCUGACAUUCCACACACGCACACCUGCUCCACACAGAGCAGCUUCCCAAAACUCAACCCCCUCCGCUCCUCUUCUCACCCCCUCUUCCUCUCCACUCCUCUUUUCACCCCCUCUUCCUCUCACCUCUCCCCCCUCUCCCUUGUGGUUCCACCCUCCUUUUUAUAGAAGCCUAUAUAAAUAUACAGAUCUAUUUUAAAGCCAGUCUGUAGAGGUCACCCUGCUACUCGCUGGGAGGAGAGGGGGAUGAGGAUGGAGGGAGGAUAUCUCUACACACUUUGGAGGGAGAGAAUCUGCGGGGGAGGAUGAGUGGGGAUGAAGGUGAAAAGGGAGAAGCCGGUAAAUGUAGUUCUCUGCUUCUGCCUGCCUUGUAUAGAAACACAACAAAUCAAGUGUACAUUUUUUUCAUAACAUUUUGAACAAUGUUUAUAUUGAUUGAAUUUAAAACACAAAAUGAGAAACGUGUGAUUGAACUUUUUACAGUGUAGUGAGUCAGUGCACCUGUCUGUCUGUGUGUGGGGAAAAAACGUUCUACAGGGGAUGAGAAGAGCGAGAAAGUAGAGACAAAGAGAGUGAGAAACUGUCCAUUUUGCAAAUUUUCCUCUGGCCCUCUGAUUUGAGUGAUGUACAUACCUACCACUGUUACUCCCUAGGCACUGCCCCUAGACACCACCAUUAACCCCUAGACACCACCUUUACCCUCUAUGCACUGUCCAAAGCCCCUAGACACCACCUUUAGCCCCUAGACACCACCUUUAGCCCCUAGACACCACCUUUAGCCCCUAGACACCAUUUUUAGCCUCUAGACACCACCUUUACCCUCUAUGCACUGUCCAAAGCCCCUAGACACCACCUUUAGCCACUAGACACCAACUUUAGCCCCUAGACAUUUUGCCUAGAAAAUAAUUGCUUGUUCCAAUAGAAUUGGUUGGGUGUGGGGCAGGGUUAUGGGAGUAGGUUUGGGUUAAGGUCAUGCUCCACUUUACCCUCUGGUAGGCUGGUUGGAGCUGACACUAACCUCAGGGGAGUCGGUUGGGUUAGGGGAGCGUGAAGUGUCUCAGCAUGCUAGCUAGUGUGUAGGGGUCACAGAUCUUAUAACAGAAAGUAGCGUGGCUGCAGUCUAUCUCUGGAGUAUUUGUGACUCUCAGAGAAUGUGUGUGUGCUCGUGGCGCUGUAAAGGAGCAGUGCGCUCCAGACAGAACCUUCCAGGAUAUUCUAGAACGUUCAGCUCUCGUUUCCGAGCUCCCUGAAGGAUAGUUUAUUUCUAAUUGAGAAUCUGAAGAAGAAGAAUGCAACCUUUGGUAGAACAGAGAGCUGCGUAUUACAGGGAAAUGGGUGGUAAGAAAAAGACAGAACUGUGUAUUAAAGAGGAGAUGUGGGUUCAUUAGCACUACUUGUGCUACUCUACAGGUGUUGCUGCUAACUGUUUGUGACGACUAGCUCAUCUCUAACAAUGUUGAUUUGACUUCCUGGUUUAUUGUUUUGGUUCCCUAAAGUGAGUGUGUGUGUGUGUGUGUGUUGGAUCGGUACCUUGGUUCUCUGAUGUGAGUGUGUGUUGAAUCGGUAGUUUGGUUGAGUUGUGGGGAUGUCUGCUACAUAUUAUAGUGUCGGCAUUGUGACUGCAAAUAAACGUUAUUUGAUUUGUA